GAUAAAAUGGCACAUUUAAAAUUGAUCGGAUCAUUGGCUAUUGUUCUGCUACUCGUUCUGGCUAUAACCACUUCUACUGAGGCGGGCUACCGGAAGCCCCCAUUCAACGGCAGCAUUUUCGGCAAACGAAAUGGAAAUUCUAUUGACUAUGAAGGUAAUGCAAAAGUACUGUCGACAAUGUGUGAAAUAGCGGCCGAAGCGUGUCAAUCGUGGUUCUCCCAGGAACAAAAAUAA